UGUCACAUAUUUUAUCAUAGGGUUGGUUGACAGAAAGGUGACGAGGAAAUUAGAUUAGAGAAAACAAAACAAAAUAUAAACAAUUAAUGCGAAAGAGAUUAGUAAAGGACAAUUUACAUACUGAUUACUGACAUCGUGACAUGUCCUGGCGACUGGAGAGGAGAAAAGCCAAACUUGUUUUCCUCUAUCUCUCUAUUUAUUAAAUGAUUUUCCGUCAUUUUUUGGUGACAGAAGAAUUUAAUGAGAGUACGUGACAAUCUUGUGUAUUGGCUCCUCCCAUAAAUAACACAUCUGCAUCUCUCUCCCUCCAUCUUCCUCCCAAUUUUCUUGGAUCCAUUCGAUUUCGAGGUGGUUUUUGAAAACAAUGGCGGAACAGUAUACAGAGUGUUUGCUCGAGAAAAAGUUCCAUGAGAAUUGCUCUGGCUGCAAGGUUGACCAGAUGAAGAGGCUUCGCCGAGGAUUCCCUUUCUCCGAGCUUUGCACCGUUUGGAUCAUCGUCCUCUGCACCGCUCUGCCCAUUUCCUCUCUCUUCCCCUUCCUCUACUUUAUGAUUGGUGAUUUUAACAUAGCAAAGAAGGAAGAGGACAUUGGAUUCUAUGCUGGAUUUGUUGGUUGCUCUUUCAUGCUCGGGAGAACCUUGACAUCUGUCAUCUGGGGAAUUGUGGCUGAUCGUUAUGGUAGAAAACCAGUCAUCCUCAUAGGAACUGCUUCAGUGGUCAUUUUCAAUACUCUGUUUGGCCUAAGUGUAAAUUUCUGGAUGGCCAUCAUCACAAGGUUUUGCCUCGGUAGUUUCAAUGGUUUACUUGGUCCUAUUAAGGCAUACGCGAUGGAAAUAUUCCGUGAUGAAUAUCAAAGUUUGGCACUCUCAGCUGUUAGUACAGCAUGGGGCAUUGGACUCAUCAUUGGCCCUGCCAUGGGAGGUUUUCUUGCUCAGCCUGCAAAGCAAUAUCCAAGUUUAUUCUCAGAGGACACGAUCUUUGGGAAAUUUCCGUACUUUCUGCCGUGCUUAGCAAUAUCUGUUUUUGCAUUUUUGGUGACCUUAAUCUCAUUACGGAUUCCGGAAACAUUGCACAAUCACAAGAUUUAUGAGGAGGCAUCACAUGAUGAGUCUUGUGAUGCUCUCAAAGCUUUGUCACAUGACCCUGAAUCUCAUAAAGUGGCAGAGAGAAAUGAGGAAAGCUCUCUCUUGAAGAACUGGCCACUAGUUUCAUCUAUUAUCGUCUACUGCGUCUUUUCACUUCAUGAUAUGGCUUACACAGAGGUGGGGACUUGUCUUCCUCACACAUUCAUCAUUGUUUAUCUCGCCCAAUAUAUAAAAUUCUCCAGCUUUCUUUCUCCAAUAGAUCUUUUCGUUGUGGGCAAACAGCCCGAGGAAAUAUGGAGGUUUGGGAUACUCCUCUGCGGAUGUUGGUUCAGUUCUCGCAAUUUCAGUAACUACUUCAUUCUAGGGUUUGGUCUCCUUAUCUUUCAGCUUUCACUCUACUCUUAUGCGGAGAGACUUCUAGGACCCAUCAUAGUUACACGUAUAGCUGGGAGUCUGGCUUUAGUCCUCUUAGCAAGUUACCCUCUUAUAGCAAAGUUAUCUGGUUUCGCCCUUACCUUGGCGCUAAAUUGUGCAUCCGUGGCAAAGAAUGUCUUAAGCGUGUCUGCUAUAACUGGCUUAUUCAUUCUUCAAAACAAGGCUGUAAGACAAGACCAAAGAGGAGCAGCUAAUGGGAUUGCCAUGACAGGGAUGUCUUUUUUUAAAGCAAUAGGUCCAGCAGCAGCAGGCAUCAUUUUCUCUUGGAGCGAGAAACGUCAGGAUGCUACUUUUCUCCCUGGCACACAAAUAGUAUUCUUUAUCCUCAAUGCAGUCUUGGCACUCGGAGUUGUAAUGACGUUCAAACCAUUUUUAGCUGAAACACAACAGUAGAGAUCGAUGAAACCAUCACAUCGGAUUGUAUUUUAAUUGUAGAUUGUAUUUGUGUGAUGCCAAAGUUAGAUGAGAGAUGUAUUUACAAAAUGGUACGGAUAACAACUUGUUAGAAACUUAGAAUGUUGUAGCAUACAUUAUUUAUUUAAGCAAGCAAGAAAAUUGUCUACAAAAAAAGUUCUUGUAUAGUAAAUUUCGUCAGAUUGUGAUGAUUUACUAUUAUUUUGCUACAUUUUUUUAAACAGUAAUUAGGAAGCAAAUUUUGG